AUGACCGGUAUCAGUGCUGCAUCUGAUGUACAGGCCGAAUCUUAUAUUUCAACAGUUGCUUUAUUCAUAAUAUCCUCACAUGCAUGGAAGGACAAUAAAGCAUCUUCAAAAUUGUCAGGAGUAUGGAAGGAAGUUUGGGAUGAGAUAUCCUUGGAAAAGAAGGAACACGACGAUCAAACCGAUAGACAAAUAGUCAAAACAUUUAAGGGAUACGUCCAAGAAUAUGAGGCUCAUAUCGAGGAAGACGUCGUCCUUGUUCACAAUUUCCGGCAGCGAUAUGGUACUGGAGAUGUCACACCUUCAACCGAAGGUACACCAAGGAGAUAUAACGUGGACUCCUUUUCUCCUGAGCUUCAAGCACUCUGGCACAACCAUAGUUCAUCUUCCAACUUCCAGAGAAUGGCAGCAGCAAGGGCCGGCCUCCCAAUAUGGUCAUUCAGGGACCAAGUAAUUGAUGCCCUUUCCAGUCAUCAGACUGUCAUAGUAUGUGGAGAAACCGGAAGUGGGAAAAGUACUCAAAUUCCUUCAUUCAUCCUUGAAAAUGAGCUAGCAGCGGGCAAGGAGUGCAAAAUAUAUGUCACUGAACCCAGACGUAUAUCUGCAAUUUCGCUAGCAAGGAGAGUCAGCGAGGAGCUCGGCGAGAACAAAAGCGAUAUUGGGACAAAUCGGUCGCUUGUUGGAUAUGCGAUCCGGCUGGAGAGUAAAUUCACAGCUUCUACACGUCUGAUAUUUGCGUAA